UCGGAGGUGGUGGUGGGGCUCCAUCAUGGCGGCUUCCAUUUCGGGCUACACGUUCAGUUCUGUCUGUUACUACAGCGCCAAUAGCAGCGCCGACCACGAAGGAUUUCUGUUGGGAGAGGUUAGACAAGAGGAGACAUUUAGUAUUAGUGACUCACAAAUCAGCAACACUGAAUUUCUGCAAGUAAUUGAAAUUCAUAAUCAUGAGCCUUGUUCUAAACUCUUUAGCUUUUAUGACUAUGCAGGCAAAGUCAAUGAAGAGAAUUUGGACAGGAUUCUUAAAGAUCGGAGAAAAAACGUUAUUGGAUGGUACAAAUUUAGGAGAAACACUCAACAACAAAUGUCAUAUAGAGAGCACAUCAUCCAUAAACAGCUGACGCAAAUUCUUGGAGUGCCUGACCUUGUCUUCCUUCUCUUCAGUUUCAUCUCCACAGCAAAUAACUCAACACAUGCUUUAGAAUAUGUUCUUUUUAGACCAAACCGAAGGUAUAAUCAAAGAGUGUCACUUGCUAUUCCUAAUCUAGGCAACACAAGCCAGCAGGAAUACAAGGUUUCUUCAGUGCCAAAUACUUCACAAAAUUAUACCAAAGUUAUUAAGGAGCAUGGUACUGAUUUUUUUGAUAAAGAUGGCGUGAUGAAGGACAUCAGGGCUAUAUAUCAGGUUUAUAAUGCACUUCAGGAAAAAGUACAGGCAGUAUGUAUAGAUGUAGAGAAGAGUGAACGAUCUGUUGAAACUUUUCAGGCGGAGGUGAAUAAGCUAAAAAGGCAAAUCUCACAAAGGAAAAAUGAAAAGGAGCAGGAAAUAAGACUGCAGCAGACCAUCUUAAGCAGGCAAAUGUCAAAUGAUACCUCAGAACCUGAAUUUAUCCCACGAAUGUCUCAUGCUGGAUUUGCUGUGGAAGGCAGUAAUCUUGAAGAAUCGGAAGCCUCUGACCCUCCUCCUCCUUAUGCUGACUUCAGUGUGAUCAAUCAUGACAGUGCCGUACGCCCUGGAGUUCUAGAAAGCAAUGCUUUUAUGCCUCGACCUCAAGCAGUGGGCUCUUCUAGUUAUGUUUCCACAAAUACAGGAUUGAAGCAUUCAGGAAAUGGAACAGCCGUGCCAUCCUCUUCCCAAACAACACCUGGUGACAAUGUUAAUGAAUCGGAAGACAGUGACUAUGAGAAUUUGCUUGAACCUACAGAGUCAUCUGACAGUGAAUACGCACAGACAAGAGAUUCUCAACCCUUGACACAUGCAGAUGGAGAUUCCAGGAACACUCAAAUCUCCCAGAUUUAAUAGAACAUAAGCUUAAUAUAGCACUAUAUUUCCUAAUCAUUACAGAAAUAUUUUGGGAUUAAACUUGGAGGAAAUGAGCUACAAAAGUGGAUUGUUGUGCACAGCAGACGUAGAAGACUUGAACUUAGAUGGCUUAUUCACUUUGUGAUACACUUUUGCAAGUUUUGUAAUGGAAUCAUUAGGAUAAUCAAACAGUACUGAUAUUCAUGGAUGUACUGGUAAAUAAGCAAAGUGGAAUUUUAAAAAAUGUGUAGCUUUUGUUGCCAUAUUCUCCAUAAGAAACAUGGGAUUUAGCAGCUAAGCACAGUCUUUAAUGAUCUCAAAUCAAAACUUACCUCGUGCACUAUCAUGCCUUGAGUUUUAAGGGGGUGGGGUUGUUUCUAAGAACUUUGAUCAGCAGGCUUUUUAACAGUGAAGCCAAAUAGAUCAUUGCCAGAAAAAAAAAACUUUGAUAAUUCCAAGAAGCCUGAUUGGAACAAAUGUGAACUAUCUUCUCUGCAUGCUCUUUUAAUAGAGAUGAGGUUUGUUUCAAUCUUUUUCUACUAGCCUAAUGUGUAUCACUUAAAAUUAUGGUUGCCUUUUUAUGUAGAAAAGCAGUUACCAGUAAAUCAUCAGUGAAUGUUUCAAGCGUAACUAUUCUGAACCUUGGUGGAUUUCAAGUAGCUCUGCCACACUAUGCUCAUUGUCUUGUUUUUGUUCUAAACAUAUGAAGAGCACAUAGCAGAAGGUGAUGUUGUCAGUUCUGUCAAAGUUUUGUGUUAGAACUCUGCAAAUGCUGAACUUUUUAUGAAGACAAGUUCUAGUAACCUGCAAAAGUUUCCAGAUUCUAAAAAUUUUAAGUCAUGGGGAAUGGAAGAGGCUGACUAGUAAAAUACACUAGGGUUUCCUCUUAAAUUUAAACUCUUUUAGCUCUUGUUGGGCAGGGGAGAACCUUGUGAUUUUGGAGGCAUGAAGUGACUCAGCUCAAAGAAUGUUUGGAUGCACUUAUAUAUAUAUAUAUAUAUUAAUUUUAAGCUUGCAGUAGAAUCAUCGCCCAAAUGAUAUGAAAUUGUGCCAUUAAAUUGUCCUCAUUUAGCAAACAGCAAACUCCUCAGUCUGUGACAAUGCAUCUAAAUCAUGUAUAAUCCCACUCUUCAUUAAACACUCACAAGGUUUCCUUUAGAUAUCCAAAUGCCUAAAACUAAACUAUCCCACACCUAUUUAUUAGCCUCUCUGUUGUCUGUACUAAGUAAAACCAAGUGGCUUUGAAAUAUGGUAAAAAUUCUAUCUCCUUGGAUAUUUGGAACUUUUAAACUUUUCUGUUUUUACUACUUAACAUACUUUGGCCUUAACAUGAUGCGUUUUCUCUUUCAUGCAAUCUGUUCUAAUUAACAAAAAAAAUGUUUGGGUUUUAUUAACACUAGGUAUCUGCAAGCAACUAUAUUGCUGGUUUGUUAAAUAAGUGCUGUUAACCAUCUCAUCAGUUCAUUCAAGAAAUUUUAUUUUUUAUCUUGCUCAGAAACCUAUAAUGUACAUCUCUGACAAAGCAGUUAAAUGUGACAAUAAA